AUGGCUCCAGAAUCUGUAUCCAAAUGCCAGGUUUGCGACAAGCCAGCGACAAGCGUGUGCGGCGGCUGUCAAUCUGCCACCUACUCGCACUACUACUGCAGCAAGGCGUGUCAGAAACAAGACUGGCCUUACCACAAGACCUCCUGUAUCGACUUGAAGAUUGAGAGGGUGCUCAUCCGGGUUUCUACAAUCCUACUGGCAGCUUACCUCAAAUUCCGUGAAAACACCUGGAACAUGCCAAUCAUCAAGGUCGAAGAUGGCGGCAGACAAGAGCUCAUCAUCCAUCGCGGCAGCGACAACGACAAGGACUACUUCCUGCCGUUCCCGGCACACUUGAUGAAGACCACCGAGAUCAAGAAUCAAGUCCUCUGCACGUCAAUGUGCUCAGAGUCGAUUGCCUGGAUGCACGAAACCAUCGCCGGUCUCCUAUCAGGCCUCAACAUCACCAUCGAAGAACUCACCACUACCCUCUCAUCUGUCCCGCGCUACACCACCAUCUCGCACCCCAACAGCCUCCGCCACACAAACUUACCCACCACCUCCCACGCCCUUGUACGCAUAACUUCCACCGAAACCGGCGCACAGUGGGCCAUCGACCUCGCCAACGCUCAGUUCGGUAUCGACCAGCAUCUCUGGCGCUGGGCCGCGUACAAAGCCGCAUAUAUCACGCGCGUCGUCAAGAUAUAUCCGUUUGGCACGCACAAAGAGCUUAUGCGCCGCCAAGCCCAGGUGUGCGACUUGGACUGCGGACUUGUGGGCGAGGUAGUUGCACAUAUGGAUAGGGCGGUGAGUGCGUGGCAGGAGGAGUUCAAGACGCCGUUGAGGUUUUUGGGCUCGAUGGGUGAGGGGCCGACGGCGAGCGCGGCGGCGAGUUUGUUGGCGUGCAUGCAAGGCGUUGUGUCCGGAUUUAUCCGUGAGAAUGACUUUACGGAGCGGGUGAGGAGGAGUAGGGAGUAUGAGGCUGUGCAUAAGGGGGUGAGAGAGAGGAGAGAUGGGGGAGGGUUGUGGGUGAGUUUUGUGAAGGAGAGGGAGGUGUUGGUUGGGUGA